AGUAAAAGGCUCGUACGGUCGUCUCUCCACACGGCCGGCCACACGGGCUCUUCAUCUUCUCCUCCUCGUUUCCAUUUCUUCCCUGCUACAAAUACUCCUCGCGUGGGGCUCUCUCGAUCCAAUCCCAUCUUCCCAUCCAGCCACCACUUUCAAGCUCACAAUCAAGUCGAUCACGACCCACAGGUCAAGCAAGCUUCGUUGCUAGCUUGCUUGUCCGGCGAUUUCUGCUUCAUCUAGCUACCAACGUGCGGAGAUGCCGAGGUCGUCCAAGAAGAAGCAGCGGUCGGCGUGGGGCUCGCUCCUGGGCAGCUGCCUGGGCGGGGGCGGCGGGAAGACGGGGAAGCAGGUCCGGCCCGGCCCCGGCCCGAGGAAGCGCGAGUCGUCGUCGGCGGCGGUGGGGGCCGGAGUCGGGCAGCGGCUGUCGUUCACGGACGUGAUGAGCAUGAGCGCGGCGUCGGAGCAGGAGCUGUCGGUGUCGCUGGUUGGCUCCAACCUGCACGUGUUCACGGUCGCGGAGCUCAAGGCGGCGACGCAGGGGUUCCUGGACGACAACUUCCUCGGCGAGGGCGGGUUCGGGCCGGUCUACAAGGGCGCCGUCGACGACAAGGUCAAGCCCGGGCUCAAGGCGCAGCCCAUCGCCGUCAAGCUCUGGGACCCCCAGGGCGCCCAGGGCCACAAGGAGUGGCUGUCGGAGGUGAUCUUCCUGGGGCAGCUCCGGCACACGAACCUCGUGAAGUUGAUCGGUUACUGCUGUGAGCACGAGAACAGGCUGCUCGUCUACGAGUACAUGGCCAAAGGCAGCCUCGAGAACCAUCUCUUCAAAAAGUUCCCUCCCGUUCUGUCGUGGUCAACCCGGCUGAACAUCGCAGUGGGCGCCGCCAAGGGCCUCGCCUUCCUUCACGAUGCGGAGAAGCCCGUCAUAUAUCGCGACUUCAAGGCAUCCAACAUCUUACUCGAUCCGGACUACAAGGCGAAGUUAUCUGAUUUUGGCCUUGCGAAGGAUGGACCGGAAGGUGACGAGACCCAUGUCUCGACGCGUGUCAUGGGCACCCAUGGCUACGCCGCACCAGAGUACAUCCUAACCGGUCACCUGACAGCGAAAAGCGAUGUCUACAGCUUUGGUGUUGUUCUUCUGGAGAUCCUCACUGGAAGACGAGCUGUAGACAAGACCAGGCCUAGUAGGGAGCACCACCUAGUCCAGCACAUGCGGUCGUGGCUCAAAGACCCAGAAAAGCUAGGAAAAAUCAUGGACCCUGCUUUGGAGGGUAAGUAUGCCACCACGGGAGCUCAUAAGGCAGCUCUGGUGGCAUAUCAGUGCCUGAGUGGCAGCCCAAAGAGCCGGCCAGACAUGUCAAAGGUCGUGGAAGAUCUAGAACUGCUGCUCAAUCUUGUGGAUGAUGUUCCCGGUGAGGCGGUGAUGCAUGUAGCUUCACAAGAUGACACUAGGAAGGAAAGAACAAAAAGAAGAAAUGGAGAGAGGGAGAGUAGUAACGGGGGUCACCAGAAUAAAGCCAAGCCUCCGAAGAAGACUGUUAGGGGGAGGGGGAACCAAAGCGAGGAGCUUUGGGAGUGGAACACGCCGGGAGAAGGGAAAAUCUAGUGUAAUAGUAGGACACUCUCUUGGGAUGGAACGUGGAUGUACAUGUUGGGGUCC